UUCGGAGGUGGCAGCCGUCUCCAACUCGGCAUCAUGGCUGCCCUCAGACCCCCCGUGAAGCCCAAGAUCAUCAAAAAGAGGACCAAGAAAUUCAUCCGGCACCAGUCAGACCAAUAUGUCAAAAUUAAGCAGAACUGGUGGAAACCCAGAGGCAUUGACAACAGGGUGCGCAGGAGAUUCAAGGGCCAGAUCUUGAUGCCCAACAUCAGUAACGGGAGCAACAAGAAAACAAAGCACAUGCUGCCCAGCAGCUUCCGGAAGUUCCUGGUCCACCUGGUCAAGGAGCUUGAAGUGAGGCUGAUGUGCAACAAAGCUUACUAUGCUGAGAUUGCUCACAACCUCUCCUCCAAGAACCAAAAAGCCAUUGUGGAAAGAGCAGCCCAGCUGGCCAUCAGAAUCACCAAUCCCAAUGCCAGGCUGCUCAGCAAAGAAAAUGAAUAG